AGUCUGUGGAACGGAUCGAACAACUUCAAGUUUGGACAAAAAAUACUUUGGCAAAUUGAAUACAUGACACCUUUAAUUACUGCUAUUGCUGCAGCUCUACCUCCAAGCUUAGUUAAUAUUAUUAGUGUUUUAUUCAUUCUUAUCUACAUGCUUGUGCAACACACCAAUGCGUUAAUUGCUCGUAAUAAGUUUUAUAAUGAAUUCAUGUGAAAUGGUGUCAAGAAAGAUUUAAUAAAAUGUUCAAAAAGUUAAAGGAUAAAUUAGCUGAGGAGGUGAAGUCAUCACCUCAAAGGAUUCAGCAAUUUGCCCAAGCUGCUCAGGCUGCUGUGACAUCGGCUUCCAGUAGCAUUACUGACAUCUCAAAUAGUGAUCUAUUCUCUAUUGGAGACAAUGAUAACCAACAGCCUCGUUCCAGUAAGGCACAAUCAUCAACACAAAGCAAUCAACAAAACGCAUUCCAAGAUGUUGCUCUGAUGCAGCCGGUACAGUCCAGUGAAUCCAUGGACUACAUGUCUUCACAUGAUAUACUUGACAAUCAGAGGCAAAGACGACUAUCGAAUAGCUCAUUUGCAAGCGAUGUCUCAUUCAGAUUACCCAGCUAUGAGACACCUUCUAUGUAUCAUCUGCAGUCUGAUAUGGAGGUAUCAGCAAGUGAAGCUGAAGAGAGAGGUUUUAAUAGCGGCAAUGUCAGCCUAGACCGGGUUACAAAAGAGCAGCUAUAUGCUGCUUACCGACGCACACAAGAACGAUACACAAAGUACAGGACCCAAUAUGGUGACCUAGCACGUCAUUAUAAGUUACUAGAGAGAGAAAAUGCUAAAGCAAGGAGUGUUUUAGUGGAAACACAAGACAAAGCCUUACGAAGAAUAUCUGAGCUUCGUGAACAGUGUGCUUUGGAACAAAGUGCCAAGGCCCAUCUAGAAAAAGCUCUUCGUAUUGAAAUUGAAGAAAAGGGUAUGAAAAUAGAUGCACUUAAUACUAAAGUGCAAUUACUGCAAAGUAAUUCCAAUAUUAGCAGUAGUAAUGAAAACAAUGAGAUCAAACCUAAAUCAAAUGAAGGUGACGGUGAUGUACAAUUAAUCAAUAUUGAUAAUGAAGUAACUGAGACAAACCAGGAAUCUUCAGCUGCGGAAGUAAUGGUUCUUAAUACUAAGAUAGAAAAAAUGGAGCAGUUACUAAACAAGUACAAAGAGUCACUAAAACUGAGUAAAGAAAAAAAUGCCCAAGUCAAUACAGAAAUACAAAUUCUUUCAAAUGAACUUGAAAACAAAAACAAAGAAAUUGAACAGCUCAAAGUUCUUACUGAUCAAUUGGCAGAAGCCAAUAAAAAAAUCCAGGACUUAAAUAACAUAAAUGAAGAUUUACAAAAUAAAAUUAAUGUCUACGAGUUCAACAAAACAAGAGAACAAUCCACACUAGAAAUUGACUUCCAAAAAGCCCAAGAAGAAGUAACAGAAUUACGCGCUAAGAUUGAAAUAUUUAGUAAGAGAGAAGAAGAAUAUGCCAUCUCUUUAGCAGAAAAUAAAUUGAGUAUCCAUAAAGAAUUGGAAAGUAAAGAAUCAGAAAUUAAAUCACUUAAAGAACAUUUAGAAAGCAGUAAGAAAGAAAUACAAUCAUUAAAUAUAGUGAUAAACGAUUAUAAAAAUAAUAUUACAUUACUUGAAGGAGAGCGUUCUAAACUAAGUCAAGAUAGCUCAGAACUGAGCACAGCAAAAUUAAAAAUCGUAGAUCUGGAAUCUCAAGUAGCAGAACUAUCUGCAAAAUGCCAGAACUUGGAACAAAUAAAGACAAAGGCUGAUGAAGGAUAUAAAUGUCUUCAGUUACAAUUGAAACAAGAAAAUGCUGAAAAAUUAGCUAUGAUUGAUCGUAACACUUAUUUGGAAAAUAGAAAUACACAGUUGAGUGAUGAGAACAGUAAGAAAAGUUCACAAAUAGGGCACUUAGAAAGUGAGUUGCAGAAAAAGGAUAAAAUAUUAAAAGACCAUGCUGUAGAAGAAACAAAGAACGAAGAACUUUCGGAAGAAUUAAUGACAUGGAAAGAUAAAUACGCAAAAUUAGAAUCAGAAAUACAAGAAGAAAGGGAUGAAUUAAUCAAAUUGCAAUCGGAAAUUGAGAAACUGUUAACUAAUCAUGAAUUACUGCAAAAUCAAAAUAUUGAGUUCCGAAGAGUGGUUUCUGAAUUAAAAUCAGAAAAUGCAAUCAUGCAUGAGAAAGUCGUCAAAAAUACAAAAUUAAAAUCGAAUUGUUUCAAACUUGCAAAUGAAGUUAAAGAAAUGAAGAAAUUAAUUCAUUUAGUUUCUAGUGAAGCUAAAUCUUUGCAAACAAUCAACAAUGAAGCAUUUUUCUCUCUUACUAAAGAAAUAAAUUAUGCAUUGAAUAAUAUUUCAUACAGUGAAGCUAAUAUAAAUACGAUCAAAAUGAACGAACUAAAUCUUGAAAAGAAUAGAUUGCAAGAGAAGUUAAAAACGACAACAGAACAACAUCAAGCAAUUACUUCUGAAUUACAAGUUAUAAAGGAUGAAAAUAACAACUUGAAAUCAACCAUCAACGAGUUAAACUUAGAAAAAAGCAGUGUAGAUGACGAGUUAAAAAAUAUCACUGAACGGUAUGAGGUGGUGGUAAAUGAUUUAAACUGUAUUAAAGAAGAAAAUGAAAAUUUGUUGCAUAAGUUAAAUGAAUAUGAAAACAAUUUCCAAAAUCUGCAAAUAGCUAUGGACUUCGAAAAAACACAAAAUUCCGAUUUUAAUGAGAAACUAAAUUUGAUAGAAAGCGAGAAUCGAACAUUAUUAGAAAAACUUAACAGCUUAGAAAGUGAAAGAAGUAUAUCCAACAAGGAAUUGGAUACAUUUAAAGAUGUGCAUAACAAAACAUUGGAGGAAUUUGAAGCUAUUAAAAAGAAAAAUAACGAUUUAUUAGACCAAGUAAAAGAACUGGAAAAAAAUGCAUCUAACAUGGUCAGAUUACAAGAAGAUAAUAAAACUUUAACAUUGGAAAAUAUAGCAUUGCAGAGUCGAGCUGAAAACAUUGACGAUAGUUAUCAAAAAUUGGAAAUCGAAAUCAACGACUUACGAAAGUCACAUGCAGACAUUGAAAAAGAAAAAGAUCAUUUGAAUGAAGUAAUUGAAAAAUUGGAGGCAAGUUCAUGUAAAAGCAUUCAACAUAAUGAAAGUCAAACAGAUGCAACAGAAGAACAAUUAGCAUCAGAACAAAACAUACAUCAGUUAGAGGGAACUAACAAACAGCUAAGCCUCUCAUCAGAUAAUGAAUUAUCAGAAACAAAUAAACAAUUGAAAACUGAUUAUGAUAAUUUGAAAGAAGAAAACAGACGCUUAAAGUCUGAUAUUGAAGGUCUACAGACAUAUUUGACAAAAAUAUCAAAAGAAAAUAGUGUUCUGAAUGAUAAGCUCCGGGAACUAAUAGCAAGUGAACAUUCAACUGAUAAUAGUGAUAUUUCCAUGGAGUUUGCAGAACUGAACAAAGAAGUACAGUCGAGGAAAGAGAAGAUUGAUGACCUAAUAAGAGAAAAUAUGCUUUUGGUUGAGGAAAAUUUGGAACUAAAAGAUCAAAUACAGUCCCAAAACUAUCCCAAAUCUGAUAUAAAUGAUAAUGGAAAUGAGAAUUUUAGGGACAAGUACAAUAAUUUGUUACAGGUGAACAGUGCAUUAGAGAAACGCUUGAGUGAUUUCGAGCAAAUGAAUAAAUCAGUAAAUGGUAAUAUGUUACAAAUACAAGAAAAGAAUGACAAAUUAAAAUUGACAAAUGAGAAGCUUGAAAUGCGACUUGAUGAGGCUCUUGUUAGUCUAAGACAUUUGCAUUCAUUACAAGAAAAUACUGAGCUGGAAUAUUUGCGCAAUAUACUUUAUGAAUAUCUCACCGGAUCAGGAACACAUUCCGUUACAUUGGCUAAAGUUUUAUCAGCCAUUGUCAAAUUUGAUGAUAUGCAGACAAAACUGGUUUUACAAAAGGAGAAAGAAAGACAAGGGUUUUUACGACAACUUGGCAUUAUUUGAAACCAAAUGCAGCAGAAUAUGAUUUGUUACCUUUUAUUCAAAAAUGGUUUAUUAUUUUUUGUAAAAUUAAUCAAAAUGUAUAUUUAAGUCACAGUCCAUAGUGUUCUUAUUUGUAAAUUAUUGUUAUUUUGUUAAAUUAUAAUUAUGUACAUGGAAUUAAAUGUAUUUGUAACUA